AUGUCUGUGACAGCCACUCCAUUCUGCCCACCUACCCCUUCAGCUUCUUCGCACCAGUGGUGUAACGGCCUGGAGCUCUUCAGCAUGUCUUCACAUCCUCCAAUGAUGCCCUUCUCCUUGAAAAUGGCGUCUGCUAUUCUUGGUCUAUAUUUUUUUAUGUUUGAUUUAGCGAUGGAUUUCCAGAGACCUAAUGACUUUUCACCCCCUUUCCGCUUUGGGACUGUGCCCAAUGGCAGCACAGAGAGGAAUAUCCGCAAUAACUAUGCAGAAAUGCAUGCCUACAUGGGAAAGUUCAACCAAAGGGGUGUAGAUGAUGCAUUGCUCUCCCUGAAAACGGGGAAGCUUGAUGCUUUCAUCUACGAUGCAGCAGUGCUCAACUACAUGGCCGGAAGAGAUGAAGGCUGCAAGCUGGUGACCAUUGGCAGCGGCAAGGUCUUUGCGUCCACUGGCUAUGGCAUUGCUAUCCAGAAAGAUUCCGGGUGGAAGCGCCAGGUGGACCUUGCUAUUCUGCAGCUGUUUGGAGACGGGGAGAUGGAAGAACUGGAAGCUCUCUGGCUCACUGGCAUUUGCCACAAUGAGAAGAACGAGGUUAUGAGCAGCCAGCUGGACAUCGACAACAUGGCAGGCGUCUUCUAUAUGUUGGGGGCUGCCAUGGCUCUCAGCCUCAUCACCUUCAUCUGUGAACAUCUGUUCUAUUGGCAGUUCCGGCAUUGUUUCAUGGGUGUCUGUUCUGGCAAGCCUGGCAUGGUCUUCUCCAUCAGCAGAGGUAUCUACAGCUGCAUCCAUGGAGUAGCUAUAGAGGAGCGCCAGUCUGUGAUGAACUCCCCCACCGCUACCAUGAACAACACACACUCCAACAUCCUGCGCUUGCUCCGCACAGCCAAGAACAUGGCCAACCUGUCUGGAGUAAACGGCUCCCCUCAGAGUGCCCUGGACUUCAUCCGCCGCGAGUCCUCCGUCUACGACAUCUCUGAGCACCGCCGCAGCUUCACCCAUUCGGAUUGUAAGUCUUACAACAACCCGCCCUGUGAGGAAAACCUGUUCAGCGACUACAUCAGUGAGGUAGAGAGGACAUUUGGCAACCUGCAGCUGAAGGACAGCAACGUGUACCAGGACCACUAUCACCAUCACCACCGGCCACACAGCAUCGGCAGCACCAGCUCCAUUGACGGGCUCUACGACUGUGACAACCCACCUUUCACCACCCAACCCAGGUCAAUCAGCAAGAAACCCCUGGACAUCGGCCUGCCCUCCUCCAAACACAGCCAGCUCAGCGACCUGUAUGGCAAGUUCUCCUUCAAGAGCGACCGCUACAGUGGCCAUGAUGACUUGAUUCGAUCGGAUGUCUCAGACAUCUCCACCCACACUGUCACCUAUGGGAACAUCGAGGGCAACGCAGCUAAGAGGCGGAAGCAGCAGUACAAGGACAGUCUGAAGAAGCGGCCGGCCUCUGCCAAGUCGAGGAGGGAGUUUGAUGAAAUCGAGCUGGCCUAUCGUCGCCGCCCACCCCGCUCCCCAGACCACAAGCGCUACUUCAGGGACAAAGAAGGGCUCCGAGACUUCUACCUGGACCAGUUCCGAACAAAGGAGAACUCGCCUCACUGGGAGCAUGUGGACUUGACCGACAUUUACAAAGAACGUAGUGACGACUUCAAGCGAGAUUCCGUCAGUGGAGGUGGGCCCUGUACCAACAGGUCUCACCUCAAACAUGGAACAGGCGAUAAACAUGGCGUGGUAGGUGGGGUACCGGCUCCUUGGGAGAAGAAUCUGACCAAUGUAGAUUGGGAGGAGCGGUCUGGGGGCAACUUCUGCCGCAGCUGUCCCUCCAAGCUGCACAACUAUUCCUCUACGGUGGCAGGACAGAACUCGGGCCGGCAGGCCUGCAUCAGGUGUGAGGCCUGCAAGAAGGCUGGGAACCUGUAUGACAUCAGCGAGGACAACUCCUUGCAGGAACUGGACCAGCCGGCUGCUCCUGUGGCUGUGACAUCCAAUGCCUCUUCCACCAAGUACCCUCAAAGCCCGACUAAUUCCAAGGCCCAGAAGAAGAACCGCAACAAGCUACGCCGGCAGCACUCCUAUGACACCUUCGUGGACCUGCAGAAGGAGGAGGCCGCCUUGGCCCCACGCAGCGUGAGCCUGAAAGACAAGGGCCGAUUCAUGGAUGGCAGCCCUUACGCCCACAUGUUUGAGAUGCCAGCUGGUGAGAGUUCCUUUGCCAACAACAAGUCCUCAGUGCCCACUGCCGGACACCACCACAACAACCCUGGCAGCGGCUACAUGCUCAGCAAGUCGCUCUACCCUGACCGGGUCACGCAAAACCCUUUCAUCCCCACUUUUGGGGAUGACCAGUGCUUGCUUCACGGCAGCAAAUCCUACUUCUUCAGGCAGCCCACGGUGGCAGGGGCAUCGAAAACAAGGCCGGACUUCCGGGCCCUUGUCACCAAUAAGCCAGUGGUGUCGGCCCUUCAUGGGGCUGUGCCUGGUCGUUUCCAGAAGGACAUUUGUAUAGGGAACCAGUCCAACCCCUGUGUGCCUAACAACAAAAACCCCAGGGCUUUCAAUGGCUCCAGCAAUGGACAUGUUUAUGAGAAACUUUCUAGUAUUGAGUCUGAUGUCUGA